UUUUUUUUUAUUUUUUUUUAAUUUAAUUUUAUUUUUUUAUCAAGAAUGGAAACAGCAGUAAGAAAGGGGACAAGGCUUGAUUAUAAUCCACCUAAACAAAAGCAUUUACAAACAUUGAUAAAAUUAACUUUUCAGAGUCCUGGAAAUGCAGCUAGUAUUGUGGAUCUUUUAGAAAAAAGAUUAAGAGAAAACUCUUGGAUUAUAAUUUUCAAAGUUUUAAUCAUCAUUCAUACUUUAAUGAAAGCUGGAGAUGGUGACAAAGUCAUUUCAUAUAUAGAAACAAGACCUUCUGCAUUGGAUACAAGUAAAUUAAGAGAAAAGUCAUCAGGUGUUGUCCAUAUUCAAAAUAUAUAUUUAUAUACAGCUUAUUUGGAACAAAAAGUAAUUGCUUAUAGAAAUAGCCGUAUUGAUUUUGUAAAAAAUACGUUGAGUAAUAAAGAAGGAAGAUUAAGACAUUUAUCAAUUAAAAAUGGAUUAUUGAAAGAAACGAUUAUACUUCAAAAACAAAUAAAUACACUCUUAAAAUGCAAUUUUAUAUUAGAUGAUGUCGAUAAUAAUAUUAGUUUAUACGCUUUUAAACUAUUAAUAGAGGAUUUAUUAAUCUUGUUUCAAGUUAUGAAUGAAUCUAUUGUGAAUAUAUUAGAGCAUUACUUUGCAAUGGAUAAAUCAGAUGCUAGAAUAAGUCUUGAAAUAUAUAAAAAAUUCGCAAAACAAACAGAAGAUACGAUUGCGUUUUUAAAUAAAGCAAGAAGACUUCAACAUGAUUUAAAUAUUACUAUUCCAGAAGUGAAGCAUGCGCCUUUAUCUUUAGCUGCUGCACUCCAAGAGUAUCUUGAUGAUAAAAAGAUAGAAGAUACUGAUAUUCAAGAGAAUCAAGUUAAUACAGUUAAACCUCUUGAACAACCAAAAGAAUUAACUGAUUUUUUUCAAAGUCUUGAAAACGAAAAAGUCAAUGUGUUUUAUAAUCCUAUUAUUAUGCAACAACCUCAGCAUGCGAUAUUUACCUCACCUGUUUCUACUACUACUACUACUAUUAAUACUAACCCAUUUAGAGUAACACCGCAACAAUCUGUAUCUUCUUUAUUACCUACUAAUAGUCAAACAAAUAAUAAUCCCUUCCGUACAAAUACAGUACCUCAAAUGAGUCUUUCUUCACCUACAACCUUGUAUCAGAACAGCAACAAUGAUCUAUUUUCAUCCUUUAAUAAUAAUAAUAAUAAUAAUAAUCCAUUUACAGCAAUGAAUUCAACUGUACUUCCUCCAACUUUGUUAGUCGCAACACCUUCUUCAAAUAAUAAUCAUAACCCAUUUAGUAGUUAUCCUACGCCUAAACAACAGCAACUCCAAACUUGGAGUAAUAACACUAUUUUUUAAAAAAGAAAAAAAAAUGGAACUCACACUACCUAUCUCUCUUUACCGAGGAAAGGCGCUUGUUUAUUUAUCAAAAAUGCCAAAUACAUAUAUCACUAUUAUUAUUAUUACAUGGAGAAAUUUCUUAUGAAUACAAUAUAAUCCCCCUUAGCAUUCUAUUAAAUGCUGAUGGACUAUUUUAUUUACUGUUAAUUGAAUAAUAAACAAUACGAAC